AUUCGGAAAUUAUGCGGAAUUCAGAAAAAAAAAAGAUUAAAAUUACACAUUCGUGUUUUUCAAUUGAAUUAUCUUAAUCUUGUGCCGCCUAGAUUAUCAACAAAAUAAUUUAACCUCGUAUCAGGGAGAGAUCUUGUAAUAUAAAAAGGUUACACUUCCCCUAACCUCACAUUGUACGUAAACAAAUUGACGAGAAAUGGCAAGCACUAUGGAACAAAAGUUAUAUUAUAACACUGUACUAUCGCAGACUUUUUCUCCCGAUGGAAAUUACCUAUUGGCUGGCAAUAUUUAUGGGGAUGUGUCAGUGUUUGACCUAUCAAGAACCUUAGGGCCCAACAAAGUAGAAGAAAAUGAUUUUCAAGGACCCAAUUAUUGCUUUACUGCACAUUCUCACCAACAGAUUGCUUGUAUGUUGCCUACAGAAGAUUUCCUCGUGAUAGGAACACGUGGUGAGAUAUCAGGAUGGGACUGGAAAAUGGUGACUUCCAGCAAAGCUCCCAACAGUAAAAUGUCGUGGAGCAUACAAAUUCCAACUAACAAAGACAGUUAUGAGAAGCCAGAUGUAAAUUACAUGGUGUAUUCAAAGUCAAAUAAAUUAUUAUACACCGGCUGUGGAGAUAAUAAUAUAUACAUCAUAAACUUGGAGGAUGGAAAAAUUUCAAGGGACAUGCAAGGCCAUAGCGAUUAUAUUCACUGCCUUGCCAUAAUGGGUAAUCAGCUCACGUCCUGUAGCGAAGACGGAUCUGUAAGAUUAUGGGAUUUACGCAAGAGAGAGAAUACUAACAUAUUAACGCCGCAUUUAGUAGAUAAAGUUGCUCGGCCGCGAUUGGGAAAGUGGAUAGGCGCCGUAGAUUUUACCGAGGAUUGGCUGCUAUGCGGAGGUGGACCCAGCCUGUCACUGUGGCAUAUGCGCACUAUGGAAGCGGCGACGAUCUUCGAUCUGGCCGAUCAAGGUAUUCACGUGGCGGAGAUUUACGAGGAACGCGUGAUUGCGGCCGGUGCGGCCCCCUACAUCUAUCAUCUAACGUAUCAGGGCGAGACCCUGGCGAAGGUGCCCACAUCCAGCAAUACUGUCUACAGCGUGGUCUACCAGGAGUUGCCGCAGAAGGUGCUGAGCGCAGCCGGCUCCUCCAAUUACCUCGAUCUCUGUACGAACUUCAAUUAUCGCGAGAUGAUACUCAAGUUUGUGGACUUGAAGAUGUCGACGGUGUGAUGAAUAGAAAGCCGUGGCCGGCGAUGACCGCCGGGAUAAAGCCCUCUCUGCCGUCUCUGGAGCGCACCCAAAACCAGUCGCUCACGUGGUCACU